GGGGGUCGUCUCCCAGGAAGCCUUAGAGAAAGCCUACCUGUAACCUGUGAGAGGGACUCUUGGUGGCACAUGGGGCUGACACCCAGCAGGGUAGCAGAGGCACUGGGCUGGCAAGGACCUUUAAGAGCUGAGCUCCAGCCACCUGCGAGGGUGCCCUCCCUCACACGCAUCCCAGCAAGGAAACCCUGCUCUAAGGAGCCCCCGUGGGUCUGGAGCUGCCGCCAUUCCUUGGGAUCCAAGGGAUUAAUGUGGGCACGUGCAGAAAUGAGCAAGGCCGCCUAGCCUUCACAUGACUUAAAUAAUUUCAGUUUUAGCAGCUUCUCACCCUAUCACUUCCUCCUUUCCAGCCACCUAUGGGUGAGGGACUGGAAGCAGGAAAGCACCACUGUGCCCUUAAAGUUUUGUCCCUCCCAGAAACUGGGGGGUUGUGGGGGGCAGGUGCUAUGGUGGGUGGACUUGUCCCUUCAGGUCUUCAGACAUGGCUGUCCACUUCUUACUGUCCCCACAGCGAUUCUUGCAGACUCUUUUAUCCUGAGGAUCCUAUUAAGAUUGUCCGGGGCCAAGGACAGUACUUGUAUGAUGAACAGGGUGCAGAAUACCUGGAUUGUGUCAACAAUGUGGCUCAUGUUGGGCACUGCCACCCUCUCGUGGUCCAAGCAGCGCACGAACAAAACCAGGUGCUGAACACCAACAGCCGGUACCUGCACGACAACAUCGUGGAUUAUGCACAGAGGCUAUCAGAGACCCUGCCGGAGAAGCUCUGUGUGUUUUAUUUCCUGAAUUCUGGGUCAGAAGCCAAUGACCUGGCCCUGAGGCUGGCCCGCCAGUACACGGGACAUUGGGACGUGGUGGUGUUAGACCAUGCUUAUCACGGUCACCUGAGCUCCCUGAUUGACAUCAGCCCCUACAAGUUCCGAGACCUGGAUGGCCAGAAGGAGUGGGUCCAUGUGGCACCUCUCCCAGACACCUACCGGGGUCUUUACCGGGAGGACCACCCCAAUCCGGCUGGGGCCUAUGCCAGCGAGGUGGAACGCGUGGUGAACAGCGUACAGGAAAAGGGCAGGAAGAUUGCAGCAUUCUUUGCAGAGUCUCUGCCCAGCGUGGGAGGACAGAUCAUCCCCCCUGCCGGCUUCUUCCAGGAAGUGGCAGAGCACAUCCACAGGGCCGGAGGGGUCUUUGUCGCAGAUGAGAUUCAAGUGGGCUUUGGCCGAGUGGGCCAGCACUUCUGGGCCUUCCAACUGCAAGGAGAAGACUUUGUCCCUGACAUCGUCACCAUGGGCAAGUCCAUCGGCAAUGGCCACCCCGUAGCCUGUGUGGCCACAACCCAAGCUGUGGCAAGGGCAUUUGAAGCCACCGGCGUCGAAUACUUCAACACGUUUGGAGGCAGCCCGGUGUCCUGCGCCGUGGGCCUGGCCGUCCUGGACGUCCUAGAGAAGGAACAGCUGCAGGCCCACGCCGCCUCAGUGGGCAGCUUCCUGAUGGAGCUCCUCAGACAGCAGAAAGCCAAACAUCCCAUCAUCGGGGACGUCAGGGGCACUGGGCUCUUCAUCGGUGUGGACCUGAUCAAAGAUGAGGCAACCAGGACACCAGCAACUGACGAGGCCAAUUACGUGGUGUCCAGGAUGAAGGAGAACUACAUUUUGCUGAGCACUGAUGGCCCAGGGAGGAACGUCCUCAAGUUUAAACCCCCGAUGUGCUUCAGUGUGGACAAUGCACGACAUGUGGUGGCCAAGAUGGAUGCCAUCCUGACAAGUAAGCUGGGAGCCCAAGGAGGGUCUCUAGAGCUCAACCUGCAGCCAAUAGCCAGGACAUUCCAGCCUGCCCAGGAAAGGGGCUCAACAGCAAGCCAGGAGUCUUUGAAGAGACGGAGGGAACAAGGAGCUGAGGUGUGGAGGGGUCCCGGAAACCCAAGCCACCCCUUUCCCUGGCUGUGCCUAGAGGGCCUUCCUGAGGAGCAAGUAGGCAGGAACUAGGGCACUCACCAUCCUGCCAGGGUGGCACUCAUGCAGACACGGGACAAGCUAACUACAAUGGAAAACCCCACCAUGGAUCAGUAAAACCAUGGAAGGUAGAUGGCAGGAACUUCGUGCCUUACUUGAAGGCUAGGGGACCCUCAGCUGCAGAGCUAUUGGAAUGAGAUUUGUAGCCAGGACUGAUUAAAUGCAAAAGGAGAUUCCUCUCCACAUUCCCAAUCCCACAGGAACAUCAAGGUCAGUCCAGGGUGUCCCCUAAGUGCACUUACAAAGCAAUCUAGAAUGCACUAAGGCAGUGCUGUGUGUGUAGGGCUGGGAGGAGCAACAGUGGGCAAAGUAGGCAAGAUCCCAUCUCCUGGUAGACAUGAAAGCAGCCCCACAGGUGGCCCCUCACCUCCCCCAGCAGACACAACUGGAGGUGGUGUGGGACCCGCCGUAGGGAGUGUAAUCAUGGGGAGCCCAGGGGAGGAGAGGCUGACUAGCUAGCUUAGCUUUUGUGUGUAGGGGGCGCUGCAGUUGAGCCUGAAGUCUCAGGAAAAAUGGCUUGGUGGCCCAUGUACAUGGGGCAAGGGGCCAGACAGGCUGGUGGGCUCGAUGUCCAGAAUAUCAACCAAGAAGCUUGGACACUAGAGAAAGGUUAACUUGUUUGGGUGCCUUUGUGAUGUUUUUCAGACAUGGAAGAAAAGGUGAGAAGUUGUGAGACACUGCGGCUCCAGCCCUGAGGCAGCCCUGUGGAGUGGUGUUCUUCUCUGGGUGAGUGGGCUUUGCUUCUCGAGACCCACACCUGGGUUCUUUGCCAUCAGCGGUGGCUCCUUCACUCAGAAAGCCAAAGCUUUCUCUUAACAUUUUGUUCCAAGUGAUGUUCCCUUCCCCCAGAUAGGCUUGAAACAAUGGGCCCUUUCCAGACACCCUGCCAGAAAAAUCUCCAAUACUUGCAUUUGAUAGCUGACAUGAGAAAGCAAGAGUAGCACUUUCCUCCUAGAAGUAGCCAGUUCCUUCUAGAAGUGAUGGAAAACAAAAUUCUUUUUUACCAGGCUUCAUCCAUCUAGGGCCCUAGCCCACUGCCGCCUAUUGCAGCCAGCUAGUCUCAGGCCUUAACAACCAGCCUGAUUGGGCGUCCCAAUCCAGGCAGCGGACCGGCUCUGCCAGGGCAGGGUGGGCUAUACUACACCACCCAGGAGGGGACCCUCGUGUCCAAAUCGAGCCGGCUCCUAUGACACUGCCUUGGUCUACGGGACCAUACUGUCCUCACUGGGAGACGGGAUCCUAUUUUCAUUGGCAGGGUAAGGAGAGAUGUCUGAAGGUGCCCCAACGUCCUGCUGCGCUGGGGCAUCCUUCACUGUACCACCUUCACUCCCUUGAACAGCUGCCUUCACUCUGAAUCACUGAACUUUUUUCUAGAAGGGCAGGGCCAGAUCAUUAAAAGCAGCUGAGCAGCAGUACCCUGUGGCUGACAGGCUAUGGCCGUGCCGGACAGGACUGCUGUUAGGUCACGGAGGGUACUGGAGCUUCGAAGGCUCAGGAGCACCUGGCCCUUCCCCGCUCUCCUCCACAGCACACCCCACACUCACCCAGGCUUUGGGGGUUUUUAAAUUUUUAUUUCAAAAGCUUGGAUAGCUUCAAUAUCCAGGUCGUGGCAAAAUCAGGACACGUGUAAAAUACCUUACAAUACAUUAGAUUCCCAAAAGGUACCAAAAAGUACAGUAAAAU